AUGUUCCGCUCAAUCGCCACCUCAGGUUUAAGAACCACUAAAGCUGCUGCUCCAUUCGCUACUAGAAAUGCUUCUAGUUUUGCCAGUUCCACAAUUAUUGGUCGUCUUGGUCAAGAUUUUGAAGUUAGAGAAGGUGCUAAUGGUAAAAAAUAUUUACCAUACAGUAUUGCUGUUAACAAAUACAACAAAGAUGCUCCACCAAAUUGGUUCCCAAUUGUUGUUUUCAACGAACAACAAAUUGAUUUCUUAACUACUUAUGCUAAGAAAGGUGCUUUACUUCAUGUUGAAGCUACUCCAGAUAUUCAAGUUUAUGAAACUGAAGAUGGUCAAAAACAAUACAGAACUAGUUUCAUUCAAAGUAUGUAUUCAUGA